AGGCAACAUUGCGUUUUGUUUCGAAUUCGUAUGUUUUCGUUCACCAAUUCCUGCCUCCGAAGAUCUGCGACGACCACUGCACCAAGAAAGUGUUUUGGUUUUGCGAUAUCCACAAUUUUUUUCAUACGUCGUUUUAAUAACGUGAGUGCCCCUUACAGGCAAUGCAUAUAGGAAAAAAAGCACAACGUUCCUGCUAGUAUAAUACGCGGAAAUGUGAAAUUGGAAUACUCCGUCCGUUUAAACUAAAGCCACCGGUAAAAUGGUGCUUGUUUACCUCUUGGUUUUGGGCUUCUGCAUAACACUGCAAGCAGUUCAAGCAGACAAUGAUGGGUCCCUAUUUGGAACAGAAACAUGCGCCAGCAAUCAGUUCCGAUGCAGCUACGGCCUGUGCAUCCCCAUAGCUUGGCAUUGUGAUUCCAACAGAGAUUGUGAAGAUGGAAGCGAUGAACCGCCAGAAUGUCAGCAGAAUCAAAAGUGCCGCGAAGAGCAGUUCCAGUGCACGCUUACCAAGAAGUGCGUGCCAUCCAGAUGGAUGUGCGAUGAAGAGCACGACUGUGGCACCCAUCCCGAGCUGGGCCCCGACACUUCCGACGAAGAUCCGAAGUUGUGUCCCAAAGGGCUGAAGUGCAAAUGGAACGAAGCGGCGUGUGGUGAAGGGCUGAUGUGUCUUACUAUUGCCAAGUUCUGUGACGGCCAUGGAGACUGUCCGGGAAACAGCGAUGAAUGGGACUUUUGUCAGAAUUAUACUGCAGAUUGCACUAGGUUACAGUGUAUAUACGGAUGCAAACCAACACCAAAAGGAGCUCUAUGUUACUGCCCAGAAGGGAAUAAAUCAGAUGGAAACAAGUGUGUUGAUGCAGACGAAUGUGAGCUAGAUGAAACUUGCGCGCAACUUUGUACAAAUACGAUAGGUUCUUACAAGUGCUCCUGCGUUUCCGGUUAUCAAGCCAAUGGAACACAAUGCAAUGCAAUAAAUGUUCCGGCAUCAGAACCCCCAUCACUGAUAUUCUCCACGCAGUCCGAGAUCAAGCGGGUAACCUUAGACGGAAAGCCGUUUCCCGGCAAUUCGACACUGCGUCUGUUGAACAGCAAUGCCCUGGAGUUUAUCCAUCGCAACCACACUAUCUGCUAUAUUCAUCACAAUGUUACAAAAGCCUCGAUGAUGUGCGCUAACAUCAACGAUCUGAACCAAAGAUGGCAGCUGCAAGCCAAGUCCGCCGUUCUAGUAGUCGAUUCUAUUCAACAGAUCGCGCUAGAUUGGAUUUCGGAGAACUGGUAUUUCCUAGACGAUCAAAGGGACGUAAUCUUGGUCUGCACGCAUAACUUGGAAUGGUGUAACAUGCUGAUAGACACAGAUCUAUGGAAACCCAGAGCAUUAGCCUUGGACCCUACGAAUGGAUAUAUGUUCUUCACGAAAUGGGGCCAUUCGUCCCCCAUGUUAGAAAGGUGCAAGUUAGAUGGUUCUGACCGGACGCCAUUAGUGUCACAUACCAUCAUAUACCCAUACGGUGUUGCUGUGGACUAUCCAAAGAAGCAAGUAUACUGGGUGGAUACCUACCUUGAUUACAUAGAGAAGAUUGACUAUGAUGGUAAAAAUAGAAAAACGGUUUUAAGGGGGUUCAAAGUACGAAAUUUGUACGGGAUAACAGUAUUUGAGAAUAAUAUUUUUGUGUCCUCAUGGAGGAAUAAUAGUAUUCUACAGUUGGAUAAAUAUGAGCAUGACGAAAGGACGAUUGUGUCAAACAUCAGCAGGCCAUACAAUGUGUACGUCUUCCACAGGCAACGUCAACCAGAUGCUGCUCACCCUUGCAAGAAUGCAAAAAUCUGUGAUCAUCUAUGCAUCCCUAUGUGGAACGGUAACAGGGCCAUACCAAAAUGCGCCUGCGCUUCUGGUUAUGUCUUGGAUGCUAACAAUAAAUGCGUUGUUAAAACGCCUUCGAAGUUUCUGCUCAUAUCAAGAAGCGAUCCGUUCUCUAUCAGAGGCAUAGAUUUAGAGACAAGCAACGAGACAAUGGUGCCCAUUACCAAAAUGAGCCAACCUAGGGGUCUGGACUUCGACGCAAAGACUGGUUCCAUAUUUUACGCGGAUGCCUAUAGUAUGACCAUAGAGAUGGUGCCUAUUUUGAAUACGUCAAAUCAUACGGUCUUGGUGAACAACGUGGCUUGUGACGGGUUGGCGUUUGAUUGGAUAUCAAGGUAAGAUUGGAGUAGUUUUGUGUUUGAUGUAAUUUUAAGGCAUAUGCAUAC